AUGGGAUCGGAGUGGGACCCCCUGCUGGCAGACGACAACAGCUCGGGCAAAGUCGUACGCUGUGUCUACAGUCAGACGCUCAACUUAACUCGCGAUCCGCCUGAGGGCAUCUUUGCAAUGAUCGACGAGCACCGCGCCACGAUUGUGCACGCGCUAAUCUGCGGACCUCGAGACACAGUGUAUGACGGCGGCUUCUUCUACUUCCUCCUGCGCUUUCCCAAUGACUAUCCAUUCAGCCCGCCUAAAGUACGGCUGAUGACAACGGGCGGUGGCAGCGUGCAUUUCAACCCCAACCUGUACAGCUGCGGCAAAGUGUGCCUCUCGAUCCUUGGAACGUGGAGCGGCCCGGCGUGGACGCCUGUGCAGAACCUCACGUCCGUGCUUCUCUCGAUCCAGAGCCUACUUUCCACCGAUCCGUACUACAAUGAGCCGGGCGUGCCACGAAACGUGGUCGCUUCGGAGCAGUACUCGGACUACGUGCGCCACGAGACAAUGCGAGUGGCGGUGCUGGACAUGGUGGGCGACACCUCUUUAGCUCGCUCGAUGCCACCUAAGCUGCUCUCUGUCGCCCGCAGCCUCUUCAUUGCCCACUUCCCCGUGUAUCGGGACACCUGCGAGGAGCACGCCAAGCGCAACCCUGAGGGAGCCGCGUUUGCAGACCCGCUGGGCAAGACGACAGGAACCUUUUGUUGGCGUGGCUUGGGCAGCAGGCUCGCGGCGGUGGGCAGCAGGCUCGGCGCUGCGAACUUUGAGCCGGAUGCCGAGCGCAGCGAGCGGGAUGCGGAAGGCGAGGGGGGCGGGCAGGGCGGCUCGGGCUCGCCCUCGGGCGGCUCCGGCGGAGAGUGGCUCUCCCAGGCGCUCACCCCACGGCAGAGGCACGCCAGCCCCGGGCAGCCGGCCGUCGCUCGCCUAAGCGCCUAA